UUCAUGCAAAUUUAUUCGUUUUCAUUAUUACACUGUUAUAAUUUCUCGAUUCAAUUACAUAUGUUUCUAUAAACAAAUUUAUUCAAAAUUAUUUACUAUAUCGGCUAAAUUUAAUACAAAAAUAAUUUUUAUACAUAUGUAUAUAUCAAAUACAUACUAUAACUCUAAUCUUUCUAUAGUUCUUAUCAUUAUAUCCAAUGUAUAUAUGUAUAUGUAUUUAAAGAAAAAAUAGCCCAUUCUUUUGGCAUCCUAGCUAACGUGAUUAUUCCAUUUCUCUGAUAAUAGUGUAUUAAUAAUUACAGUUAUACAUAUAUCAAAUAUUUUUCAAUCUGUAUUGAGAAUAAUGUCUUACUAUUUUGGAGUAAUAUUUUAAAUUGUUCAUCACCAUUAAUACGGUGUGAUUAUUAACGACAACAAUUAUAACAACUAUAAACAGUUUAAGAUGAUAAAUUACAGCUCAAAAUUAUGAUUGAAUAUAUCAAAAUUUUUGAGUAAUAUUCUCUUAAAGUAAUCAAAUCAAUGGCCCUACUGUUUACCAGCAUGUGGGACUCGUCAAUGUUUAUGAAUACUUUAACACCAAAAUUUGACAUUGAACUGACCGGUACAUCAUCUUUGAUAUCUGGAUUAAUAUUAAUUUUUGAAUGGUGGUAUUUUCGGAAAGAUGGAACGUCUAGUAGUAGUAGCAGUAGUAGUAGUAGCAGUAGCAGUAGCAGUAGCAGCAAUAGCAAUGGCGGAGCUGUUGGAGGUGGUGUAAACGGUAAUACUGGAAAUGGAGGAGAUUUGAAUAUAUCUGAAAAUAGUUCAACAAAUGUAAAUGGUACAAACAGUGCUUCGAUUAGUCAAAAUAUUCCAGAAUGUAAAGUUUGGAGAAAUCCUAUUAAUCUAUUCCGUGGUGCAGAGUAUCAAAGAUUCUACUGGGCGACGAAUAAAGAACCAUUGACAUACUAUGAUAUGAAUUUGUCAGCUCAAGAUCAUCAGACAUUUUUCACGUGUGAAGGAGAUGCUGGAAAAGUUGACUAUGAAAUAAUGCAAACCGCUUGGCGAGAACGCAAUCCAAUUGUAAGAAUUAAAGCAGCUCACAGUGCUUUAGAACAUAAUUCAGAAUGUGCACCCGCAUAUAUUUUACUUGCUGAGGAAGAAGCUACAACUAUUGUAGAAGCUGAAAAAAUUUUAAAACAAGCUCUCAAAGUUGCUGAAAAUAACUAUAGAAAAUCUCAUAAUACUCAACAUCAAGGUCCAAUAGCAGAAGCUAUACACCGACGAGAUACAAAUGUAUUAAUAUACAUCAAAAGAAGAUUAGCUAUGUGUGCAAGGAAAUUGGGAAAAUUAAAGGAAGCUGUAAAGAUGUUUCGUGAUCUUACAAAAGAAGUACCACCUAUUAUGAAUGUUUUAAAUAUCCAUGAAAAUCUCAUUGAAACUCUGUUGGAAAUGCAAGCAUAUGCUGAUGUUCAAGCUGUUUUGGCUAAAUAUGAUGAUAUUAGUUUACCAAAAUCAGCUACAAUAUGCUAUACAGCUGCUUUAUUAAAAGCUAGACUUGUAGCUGACAAAUUUUCAGCAGACGUUGCUAGUAAACGAGGCUUGACAACGGCCGAAAUGUCAGCUGUUGAAGCUAUUCAUCGAGCAGUAGAAUUUAAUCCACACGUUCCAAAAUAUUUAUUGGAAAUGAAGCCACUUAUUUUACCACCUGAACAUGUACUUAAGCGUGGUGACUCUGAAGCUAUAGCUUAUACAUUUUUUCAUCUAGCACAUUGGAAACAAAUGGAAGGUGCAUUAAACCUCUUACAUUGCACGUGGGAAGGAACUUUUAGGAUGUUGCCAUAUCCAUUGGAAAGAGGUCAUUUAUUUUACCCAUAUCCAACUUGCACUGAAUGCGCUGACCGGGAAUUGUUACCAUCAUUUCACGAUGUAAGUGUAUACCCGAAGAAAGAGUUACCAUUUUUUAUAUUGUUUACAGCAGGAUUAUGUUCAUUCACUGCAUUGCUAGCUUUAUUAACUCAUCAAUAUCCUGAUACAAUGGGCGUCGUUGCUAGAGCAAUAUUAGCUUGGUUAUCACUUCCAUUCUAUUAUAUACUAGAUAAACUAGAAUCUAUUUUACCCUUAAAUUUGUUACAACAGCUCUCUCGAAUAUAACUUGGAGUAUCAUUGAUGUCAUUAUUAUUAAUAUCAUCAUUUUUGUAGUAGUAACUAUUAUUACUAUUAUAUGUGAUAUAUUCAUGAUAUAUUUAUUAUAAGACUUGUAUGACAUUUAAUUGACUCAUUUUCUAUACAUUUAAUAUUACAUUAAAUUUUAAUUAUAAAACUAUUAAUUAGAUUUUUAUUCUUAACUGUAUAUCAACUGCUUUUCUUUUUUUACAUAUAUAGUAUUUAAAUAUUUUUCGUCAUUAGGGCGUGUGUAUGUAUGGAUGCAAAUGUGCGUAAUUAUUUCCGUAUACAAUUGUAAAACCAAAAUAAUGAAUAAAUACAAAAUGAAUAAUGUCAAAA